GAUGACUGGAGAUUUCCUCAUCUACACCACCCACCUGAACCACACCCCAGAGUAUCAUGGAUCUGUCAUUGUGAGAACGAAUGGAGCUGUCGUUCCCAUUGAGUGUCGGUAUUUUAGGAAGGGCAAUGUGAGCAGUGACCCCAUCAAGCCCACCUGGAUCCCAUUCAGCUCCACCAAGUCUGGAGAAGGGCAUCUGUCAUUCUCUCUGUGCCUAAUGAAUGGUGACUGGCUUACAGAGAGCACUUCGACUGUCUACUACCUGGGUGAGCUCAUUCACAUUGAGGCCUCUGUUUCAAUGACCAACCACAUGCCCCUGAAGCUCUACAUUGACCACUGUGUAGCUACAUUGAGCCCAGACAAGGACUCCACCCCGAGAUACAGCAUCAUUGACCACAAUGGUUGCAUCCUGGACAGCAAAGCUGAGGACUUCUUUUCAACCUAUUUGUUGCCAAGAGAUGAGUGGGAGCUGGACAAGCUCUGGUUUGACCUGGAUGUGUUCCAUUUCCUUGGAGAUGACUGUUCCUUGAUUUUCAUCACCUGUCACCUGAAAGUUGCUCCAGUGGAUCAGAGGGAUUCCAGGAACAAAGCUUGUACUUUCCAGAAGGUGCAGAAUGUCUGGACCCCAUUGGAGGAAUCAAGCAUUGACAUUUGUGCCUGUUGCCAUGUGGGUAACUGUGGUGCCACAAGGGUGUUGUGGUUUGGUUCUAGAGGAAGUAGAGAUCUUGUACCUGAAGCUGGUGUGGAGUCUGAGGUGGUCCUGAUCGUGGCCCUGACUGUGAUAGCUGUCUCAGUGAUCUCUGCUUCAUUGCUGGCCUUGUUCCUGUACAGGAAACACAAGCAAACUCGGGUCAACCAGUGA